AUGGCUAAAAUGGUGCAUCCUUGGGUGAAUCGUGUUUCCAUCCUAGGCCUUUUCCUCUCCCUGGGGAAUGCGUCUGCAGUCUACGCGCCCAGUGCAUCGACCAAGAAUGGCACGUACCUAGGAAAGACCAACGUCCACUACAAUCAAGAUGAGUUCCUGGGCAUUCCGUACGCCCAACCGCCCGUGGGAGAUUUGAGAUUUCGAGCACCUGCCAGCCUCAAUGAGUCCUGGAGUGAUGAACGCAAUGCGACAGAGUACUCUCCGAUUUGUGUUGGUUAUGGUUCUGAUUCCAAUUUCUACGAGUCCUCGGAAGACUGCCUGACGAUCAACAUUGUUCGUCCUGCUGGCGUUCCUUCUGAACCACUUCCAGUAUUGGUUUGGCUUUAUGGUGGAGGAUUCUACGAAGGCGGGACCGUCGAUCCAAGAUACAACCUCUCCCGUCUGGUCCAGAAAUCCGUCGAGGCAAACAAGCCCAUCAUCGGCGUCUCCCUAAACUACCGCCUCUCGGCCUUUGGCUUCCUCUGGAGCGAGGAAGUCAAGGCCAACGGCUCCGCCAACAAUGGUCUGCGCGACCAGCGUCUCGCCCUUCACUGGCUCCAGGACAACGUUGCCGCGUUUGGCGGCGACCCGGACAAGGUGACCCUGUUUGGCGAGAGCGCCGGCGCCAUUGCCAUUGGCCGCCACCUGACGGCCUACGGCGGCCGCGACGAUGGCCUGUUCCGCGCCGUCAUCAUGGAGUCGGGCGGCCCGCUGGAGCGCUGGCCGUAUGCCACGCCCGAUCCCGACGCCUACUCCGAGGAGCUCUACACCAACUUGACCACCAGCACCGGGUGCGCCGCCAAUGCCACUGCCACUGCCAGCCCGUUGGAGUGCCUGCGAAGCCUGCCCUUUGAGAAACUGAACGCGGCGCUCAACAUUACCGACACCUGGAUCUCGGGUACCGGUCUCGGGCCCUGGGUUGCCGUCAUGGACGGUGACUUUCUCCAAGACUACCAAAGCACGCAGAUUGCCGAGGGCCGAUUCGUCCAGGUCCCUGUUCUGUACGGCACCAACACGGACGAGGGCACCGCCAUUGGGCCCGCGGGGAUCAACACGGACGCCGAGUUCCGCGCCGCCAUUGCCGAGGGCGGGCCGGACAAUGACACCAUUGCCAUGGUUGAAGUCCUCUACCCCAACGUACCGGGCAUCGGCAUUCCCGCGGCGCACGCGCUCACGGCCGAAGAGGAGGCCACGUACGGAUCGCAGUGGAAGCGCGUGGCGGCCUUUUUCGGCGACAUGGUCGAGCACAUGCCGCGCCGGACCCUGGUAUCGGCGUGCGCGCGCGCCAACGUGACGGCGUACAGCUACCGCUUCAACAUUGUGCCGGCGGGUGUCUCUGCCGUCAUUGGCGCCACGCACUACCAAGAGGUUGCGUGGGUAUUCAACAAUAUCGAUGGCGCGGGCUACACUACCAACCCGUUCAACGCGAGUCUGGUCGAUCGCGAUGCCUAUGUCGGCGUCUCAACUCUCAUGAGCCGCAUGUGGGCUUCCUUUGCGACUGAUCUUGACCCAAACCACCACGGCCUCACCGGUUAUCCCGUAUGGCCCACGUAUACUCUGGAGGAUGAGGGGAUCGGUGCAAACUUUGUGUUUGAUGCCAAUGUUACCUCAUUUGUUGAAAAGGAUGAUUAUAGAGUCCCCGGCAUGGCUUACAUUGCAAGCAAGGCCAGGGAACAGUGGAAAUUCUGA